CCCAAUUAUCAGACGAAGAGAGUUCUGCUUCUGUUCGAUGUAUUUAAUUAGACGAAGCUUUAUGACUAACGCGACUAACAGGUGCUGUUCUGUUUCCUCUGACAUGAGUCAGCAACCUGUGCUCUUGUUGAGAGUGCGUUUGGGAAGCUGAUGAACGGCAUCCAAGAAUCCUGCAUGAAUAUUUCAUUGGGAAGUGGAUGCGGCUUUAAUUGUGUUUGCGGGUGACGGGCCUCAUGACAAUCUUCACACCGUCAUCAGAGCAGAACCACAGCAGGAGCCCGUCUGACUCACUGCUCCUCAUUCAUGCACACACACUAUAAAGUGCCUUCGAGGAGAGCAAUACUUGGACUGACAGGUUCUCGCAGGCUGGAGACCAGUCCUCAUUAGUUGAUUAAUCAACAAAGAGACAGCCAACGAUUUUUAACAAGUGGCCUAUUUCAAGUCGUGAAGAUGCCUCCGGCGAAUCCGCCUCUCAGUCGCACAGGGGGCUGUGCAAAGACCGAGGAGGAGGAAGACUCGAGCUCGUUUCGUGGAAGUGGCGUCUGUAAAUGGUUUAAUGUGCGCAUGGGCUUCGGCUUUCUGUCCAUGACCCAUCAAGAGGACAUCUGUCUGGACUCACCCGUGGAUGUGUUCGUUCAUCAGAGCAAGCUUCAUAUGGAGGGCUUUCGGAGUCUGAAGGAAGGAGAAGCUGUGGAGUUCACCUUCAAAAGGUCCUCUAAGGGUCUGGAGUCCUUAUCGGUGACGGGGCCAGGUGGGACACAGUGUGUAGGCAGCGAGAAGAAACCCAAGGGAACCCAAAAAUGGCGUCCAAAAGGAGAUCGAUGCUUCAACUGUGGAGGGCCGAAUCAUCACGCCAAAGAAUGCCAGCUGCCACCUCAGCCAAAAAAGUGCCAUUUUUGCCAAAGCAUCACCCACGUGGUGGCCAACUGUCCAAUCAAAGCACAGCAGUUGUCACCGGGAUCUCAGGGGAAAUCAACAGCCUCCACUACAGGAGAAGAGGAGGACAUGAGCCACACCCCCUUCCCUCCCGAAAGCUCUGAUUAGUCGGGGAGGUUGUCAGGGAAACACAAGCACCAAUCAAAAAGCUGCAAUGGAAAGCUGCUUUUGGAACUAACUCAGGUUUUUCUUUUUCAAACAGCAGAAAUGAAUGUCGCUGCUCACUUUUGAACUUUAGUCAAGAAAUUCGAACCAGAUUAAACCGUAUAGAAUGUGAUACUUAGAAAAAUAUGAUCAUCAUCAUAUACAUCUUCGUAAAAUGUCAUCUUUAAGAUCUCUGAAUAUACACAACUGCUUUGGGAUGAACCAGCGAUUUCAGAUGGAUAAUCACGAAAUCGAGGACAGACCUCACAAAAAUGUCAAUUACAGAAAUUAUAUUUUGCUCAAA